GCAAAAGCAGCAAAUUAACAAUUUGCAUCAGAAGAUAAGGGAGAAUGAAUUGCGGGCUCAACAUGCAAGACUGAGCCAUCUUGUGAACUGCGAAGAACCUUACAUGACUAAUUUGCAGCCACCACAGUAUGAGAGCACACCCCUGCAAGCUCACGUUUCGGAAAGAUCAGCAUCCCACCUUGAAGAGCUUGAGCGAAAGAUUGCAGCGGCUGAAAAUAAGGAAUUACAACUCAUCGAAUUUGUAAAACAAAUUUCAAACAAAUCUAGCGAGGAGAAAAAGAAGAUGGAAGAGAAACUUAAAACCAGAGACCGGUAUAUUAAUAGUCUGAAAAAGAAAUGCCAGAAAGAGUCUGAUCAAAACAAAGAAAGACAAAGACGAAUUGAAACCUUAGAAAAAUAUCUGGCAGACCUGCCAACGCUGGAUGAUAUUGAAGGGCAGACUAAACAGCUGCAAAUUCUAGAAGAGAAGAACAAGCAACUUCAAGAAACUAUGACCGAGUUAGAAAAGAAGCUCGGAGAGGCCCAGUCGCAGUGCAGAGAGAGAGAGCUGCAGCUGGCAUGCCAGAAGAAAAAAGAAAAAGAGCUGGUCACAACAGUACAGAGUUUACAGGAGAAAGUAGAAAAAUGCCUGGAAGAUGGUAUUCGCCUUCCAAUGUUGGACACAAAACAGCUUCAGAGCGAGAAUGAAUGUCUCAAAGAAAAGAAUGAGAAAGCCAGUAAGGUCAUAGACAAUCAACAAAAUCAGAUAGCUGGACUGAUUUUAGACUUGCAGUCUAUGCAAGAGAAGCUUGUGCAAGAAAAACUGAUAGUUCAGAAGAUGACAAAUGACCUUGAAGAAAAAGAAAGGAAUAUAGAGCAGUUAAAUAAAACUCUCUCUGAAAACCAAAGACUGAUGGAAGAGAAUGCCUCCCUGAAGGAGCAGCUGCGGCAGGUGGAGCAGUCCAGGCAGCCAGUGUCUGAGAAGAUGCCUGUAGCAGACCAGUUGUUCAAGGAAAUGUCCCAUUGCUUGUUUGACUUGAAAGCACUGUGCAGUAUUCUUACCCAGAGAGCUCAGGGCAAGGAGCCUAACCUUUCCUUACUGCUGGGAAUCAGAUCACUGAGCUGUUCAUCUGAAGAGAAUGAAAAUUACCACAGCACAGAAACCCUUUCGAAGAAGCUCUUGGAUGUUUGUCAGUUACGGAAGGAUAUUGAUGAAUUAAGGACAAUAAUGUCAGACCGUUAUGCUCAGGACAUGGGGGACAAUUGCAUUACUCAAUGAUGACAUUUCAUCUAGUAGCAAAUGACUUACUAAAUGCUGCUGUGUCACAGG